AUGAUGAAUGAUCAUUUUUCUGAAAUUUCAGAAUCAUUUUUAUUGUUGGAAAGUCCACAAAGAGCAUUCAAACAAUUUGGUAGCAAUAACACAAAAAGUAUACAUAGUACACCAACUCGUAAUAUUAUUGAUAAUAUUAGUAUUCAAAAUUCACCGACAUAUUUAGGUAUUCUCACUCCCAAUCACCAUAGUAAUAACCACCAUCACCAUAUUAAUUCUCAUCAUCAUCAUAACAAUAACAACCACCACCAUCACCACCACCAAAACAUAAUUUCACCAACCCAUUUAUAUGAUGAACCAUUUUAUAAUGCUUUCCAUUCUCCAAUUAUACCAGGAACUUUAGUUGAAACAAAUGAAUUUAUAUCCAACCACCACAACUACCACCAACCUCAACAUCAACCCCAACCUCAACCUCAAAAUCAACCUCAACAUCAACCCCAACCUCAACCCCAACAUCAACCUCAACAUCAACCUCAACAUCAACCACAACCACAACAAAAUAAUAAUUUCACACAUAAUAAUAGAAUCAACUCAAAUGUAAGAAUAAAUCAACCACCAACACCACCACCACAAAAUAAUUACCAUAAUGUACAAAUCAAUAACAAUUACCAUCACAGCCAUAACCAACAAAACCAAUUUCAUACACAAUUUUUAAAAUCACCAAGUCAUUUCGAUUCCCCUUUAAAAUCUGCAACUUCCAACAGUUAUUUUCAACACAUGAGAAAUAUUCAAAACAAUAUUAUUAAUAACAAUAAUAAUAAUUUAAAUACUGGUUUUAAUAGUAGUAAUAAUAAUAAUAAUAAUAAUAAUAAUAAUAAUAAUAAUAAUAAUAAUAAUAAUAAUAAUAAUUUUUCUUCACCAGAUAGAAACAAUGGAAAAUUAAGUAAUAUUAAAUCAAAUCAAACCUCAAUACAAACAGCAACAACCAAUGGAUUUUUAAAUCAAAAUGUAACACCAACGUCAUUAUUUACUGAUGAAUGUUUAGAUGAUGAAAUUGUAGUUUCAACAAAUCCAAUCUCCAACUCCAAUACGAAUUUCACUAGGACCACCAUUACUUCUCCAGCAGUUUUUGUUGGCAAAACUCAUUUAAAAAUUUUAAAUCAAAAUUUGGAUUUAAGGAAACUUUAUAAAUCGGAAUAUUCUCCUUCCUUAUCAUCAUCAUCAUCAUCAUCAUCAUCAUCAUCAUCAUCAUCAUCAUCAUCAUCAUCAUCAUCAUCAUCAUCAUCAUCAUCAUCAUCAUCAUCAUCAUCAUCAUCAUCAAAAUUGCAAACUGUUGAAAUGGUUGAAAAUGAUGGUGCCUCAACUACUACCUUUGUUAUUAAUAAUUCAAUUUCACCUGGUGGUAAUGGUAGUGGUAUUGGUAGUGGUGGUGGUGAAAAUGAUGAUUCAAAAUUAAAUAAAAAUGAAAUCCAAAAGAAUUAUAAUGAUAAAAUCUCAAAAACUUCAUUAUAUAAAUUAUUGAAAAUCUUAGUUUAUGAACCUAACCAGCAUCACACAAGUGACGACAACAAUGAUGAUGAUGAUGAUGAUGAUACCAACGAAAUUGUGAAUUUACCACCAAAAAAACCUGAAGAAUUAAAUUUUAAACCAGAACAAAAACCAAUUCAUAGUACCAGUGAUUUUGAUGCUUUAAUUAGACAACAAAAUAGCACUGAUCCAAAUUUCUCCACUGAAAAUUUAUUAAAAAAUCAUAUUUCUUUUUAUAGAAAUAAAGUAAAGAAAAGUUUUACUCAAAAUUACAAAAUAAGAAAAGAAAGAUUUAAGGAUAGAUUAGAAAUUUUAAAUUCAAAAAUUGGUGUUGAUAAAAUUAUAUAA